AGAGAGAGAUCUAACCUAGGUGAGAGAAAUGGGGGAGGAAGAGGGCAUCGGCAAGGCGCUAGCUCCUGCGCAAGGGCGCAUCACACUGCUCCAGUACCGCGAUUGGAAGCAGCGCAAGGAUGCGGAGGCGGCGGCAGUGGCGGCGGAGCGAUCGCGCAAGCGGCGCGAGGACAUCGCCGCCGGGCGCGCGCGGAUGAAUGGGCGAGAGCUCUACGAGCGAGAGCCCUGGGUGUUUGACGACGGGGAAUAUGCCUGAUUCGGGAAUAUAUUGCGGAUAUCCUUCUCACGGAAUAUCCACCUUUAAAACAUCGUCACCGCCGUGCGCGUACGGCACCGUCCUUUCUUUCAA